AUGUCUGACGAGCAGCACGACGUCACCUUCGAGUCGGCCGAUGCCGGCGCUUCGACCACCUACCCCAUGCAGUGUUCCGCUCUGCGCAAGAACGGUCACGUCGUCAUCAAGGGCCGCCCCUGCAAGAUCGUUGACAUGUCCACCUCCAAGACUGGCAAGCACGGUCACGCUAAGGUCCACAUGGUCGCCAUUGAUAUCUUCACCGGCAAGAAGCUCGAGGAUCUCUCCCCCUCCACCCACAACAUGGAUGUUCCCCACGUCUCCCGCAAGGAGUACCAGCUUCUGGACAUCACCGACGAUGACUUCCUCUCCCUCCUGAAGGAUGACGGUGACACCAAGGAUGAUGUCAAGAUCCCCAAGGGUGAGGUUGGUGAGCGUAUCAACCGCAUGUUCAAGGAUGAGAACAAGGACGUCAACGUUAUCAUCCAGAGCGCCAUGGGUGAGGAGGCCGCUGUUGAGGCCAAGGAGGCUCCCAAAUAA